AUUUUAGAAAAUUUAAAUGAACGUGGAUUUCAUAUAGAAAAUGGAACAUUAGACAUGGAACAUUGUUUUGUGGCUUUACAAACUUUAGCAAAAUUCCAUGCAUUUUAUUUCCAAAUGAUUCACGAAAAGAAACAAUUGGAACCAGAAUAUUCCAUUUUGAAAGAAUACCCAAAUUUCUUUCAAGAAGUCGUUUUGGAAUUAGAGACGGAAAAUGGUAAACAAUGGUUUCAGUAUACAGUGGAUUCUGUUAAGUGUAUUCUAAACGGAAUGCCAACAUCAAAUUCGAAAAUUGAAAGUAAAAUUGUGGAAAAAUUGUAUGCCUUAUGUGAAUAUUUAAAACCGGUGGAAAAUCAGUAUAAUGUGAUUUCACAUGGCGAUUUAUGGACGAAUAAUAUUAUGUUUUCAAGCGAAAAUGGUUCUCCGAAAAACUGUUGUUUUAUUGAUUAUCAAUUAUUACGAUUUUUACCACUUGGUAAUGAUGUUCUUACGUUACUACAUUUGAAUACAUCACCGGAAUUUCGUAGA